UAGAAUAUGGCACGCCAAGUGUAGCAAUAUUCAGUAAACUAAUAUUUUGUUUAAUUCAACAAAAAUUCAAUGUUCAACGACAACAAUUCAACAUAAUUAUUCAACAUUCAACUAAUUCAUUCAACAUUCAACUAACUCAUUCAACAUUCAACUAAACCAUUCAACAUUCAACUAAACCAUUCAACAUUCAACUAAACCAUUCAACAUUCAACUAAACCAUUCAACAUUCAACUAAACCAUUCAACAUUCAACUAAACCAUUCAACAUUCAACUAAGUCAUUCAACAUUCAACUAAACCAUUCAACAUUCAACUAAACCAUUCAACAUUCAACUAAACCAUUCAACAUUCAACAACUAAGUCAUUCAACAUUCAACUAAACCAUUCAACAUUCAACUAAGUCAUUCAACAUUCAACUAAACCAUUCAACAUUCAACUAAACCAUUCAACAUUCAACUAAACAUUCAACAUUCAACUAAGUCAUUCAACAACUCAUAUGCAAGCUUACACGAAGUAAUGGCAAAGACUGACACACACAAUGUCUUCAUACAUGAUUACACGAAGUACUUCCAUACUUCCCGCGAAAGUUUUUGGACCUCGCGGUUAGUUGCAAUCAUGGAUGAUAAGUCAAAUCUUCAACAGCUUUCUAAAUGUCUAAAUGAUGCUAGUAAUUUAAUUAAUACUAUGUUGGACACUGAUACUCAGCGGCACCAGCCUGGGAUCGCAUCUGCACAACCGGUUCCACGAGCAGAAAGACCUAGAGAAGCUGCCGUAAAUGUGCCAUCUGUGAGAGCGACCAUCAACUCAGCAGUAGAUCGUGCUCGAUUAAUGAUCGGACAAUCAUCCUCGAGGGGUUUGUGCUCGCGGUUAAAUAGAAGAGAACGGCUUAGAGCGACGAGUUCUAAACCGUCCACCAGUACAACGACGAAAAAGCCUCGUCUGGAAAAGAAAGUUUUUGAGUUCGUUUUACUUAGCACUGAAGAUUGUGACGGAAAUGAUGACAAAGAUACAAUGCUGUUUUCGGAAAGUAUGGUUGCUAUACGUGGGUUCAUUGAAAUACCAACGACAGCAAGCGAAGUGGACAUACGAACGGAACUUGGUAAAGCUAUUCAACUUAAAUUUCCAAUGGUAUCUAAAAAUGACUUCGAAUUUGUGAGGGCCAAUCGACGGAGAAUUACGAAGCCAGUAAGUUGUAAUGAAUACAAUUACAACCAGGUCAAGUUACUUGCUGGCCAAGGGUGCAUCUACUUAAAGAUGAAAGAUGGUUUGGAGUGUUUGUUUGUCGAAGACGCACCUGGAGAUGGUGCAUUUGAUUUUGAGAAGGAAGGUAAUAUGCAAAGAUUUUUUAAACGUCUUAUUGCAUUUUUGGACAGGUCAGUGGGGCAUCUACAAAGGGCCAUUCCAUUUAAUGCCCCCCCCCCCCUAUUUUGACAAAUUUUUCUGAAGGGUUAUAAGCCUGUCGGCAUCCUUUGAUCUCUGUGAUUUUUCUUAGAGAUGUGGAUAUUAAAUGGAAUGGCCCAAAUGCUACACUAAAUGAGAUGACAGAUAGUUGUUGGUGAUACAAAGUUUGGUGUAGUGUCUUAAAUGUAAUAGUAAGUAUGGGGGUCUGGUGGUUUUCUUGCCCAGAGAGAGUUAAGCAAUUCGUUGUAAAUACCUUACAUUUUAAAAAUUUCCAAGUGGAUAGCAUAUACCAGACCAUAUAGAUUUGAGUUGCCUUGAAGGCUACUAGCUAGAUAUGUUAGUGACAGAGUUGUGGUAUUUACAUAAUCACAUACCACUCAAGUCUACCAGGGACUUUUUUCUCCCCAAGAGGAAGGACCGUGACAAGGUUGCAUGUCCACAGGGUGUAUAAAAAAACUGAACAGAUUUGAAAUUGCUCUCAAUUUUGCAAAACAGCUAUUAGUAUACAGUUUUUGAUGUAUAUAUACAUGUAGGUUCUUUGGGUACUUAUAAGGUAGAAUAAUAAAAACAAAUUCUUGAACUCAAAUUUUGUGAACCACUGGAGGGGUGUCUUUUCCAACAGACUAAAAAUGGUUUGUGCAUGAAAUUUAAAAGCUUUAAUCAUAUUUUGAGUUAAAGAUGCGGCAUAGUUCGAUCUGCGCAUGUGCACAAAGGAGCCCUCUUUUUAUUUACAAACAGUUUAUUUAGGUUUUUAUUUCAUUUUAUGUUCUUGCAAAGCUUGAUUGUUAUAAUUUAUUAUACUCUAGAAUCAUGAAAAUAUAAAUAGUUGUCGAAUAAAAUUCAAUAUUUUGGAUACCGAAAUGUAAACAAAGCCUUUGUUUACAUAUGCACUGUACCACAUCUUUAAUGGAUGAAAAAUUUGUUAAUUACUGCACAAAAUUGCUUUAGUUCAAGUCCUCUAACUAUUCAGGCAAACUUACAUUUUUUCCUAAAAAUCAGCUAUUUGCAUAACUCAAAAUAUGAUUCAAUCUUUUAAAUUUCAUGCACAAGCCAUUUUUAGUUUUGUUGGAAAAGACAGACCCCCCCUGGAGCACAAAAUUUGAGUUUGAGAAUUUUUUUCAUUACUCCACAUUAUAAGUACCCAAGGAAGCUAUAUAGUACAUAAAUUUAAAAAACUGGAUACUAAUAGCUGUUUUGCAAAAUUGAGAGCAAAUUCAUAUCUGUUCAGCUUUUUUUACACCCUGUAUAAAAGACAAGAUUACAGCAGUGCUGUCGUGAGGAACUCACUUCAGGGGUGGUGUUUGGUUAAAUCUACCUGAAAGUAUCAAAAUUUCAAAUUUUACCUGAAAAUUUUUUUGGCCAAAAUUGUUUUUACGACCUCCCCCCCCCACCCCCACCCUCGUUCGCUACAGCCUUGGAUUACAGUCACUAGAAUGUCCAAACCAACCUUCCUUCAUGGCUGAGUGCAGGAAUGUAGCAACCGGUGGGCGGGGUAAAACAGCCCCAACUGUGACACUCAAUUUUGACAAAUUUUAAGGUAAUAUUUGCAUAAUAAAGUCUUUACAUGUAUUGAUAACCAAUUUUGUAAAAUGCAGUCAAUUUAGUUAUAAUUUGUUUGCGAGUUUGCGUUAAGAAAACGCCAGAAAUGCAGUCCUGGAGCUUCAAAAAUGUAAAAAUUUUCUGGGAGAGGAUCCCUAGCCCCCCCCCCCCUCGGCCCCUUCUUCCCAAACUUAGUAUGAAAGUGGAAAUCAAUCAGAAAAAGCUCUAUUAUAAUUGUUACACUUCAGGUAAAUUUUUAAGUAACAUUAAAGUCAAAUUUCUGGUAAAAUCCUCCAACACCCCCCCCCCCCGUGGGCUAGGAUGGCAUUGGCUCUGGGUAAAUUGAAUUUUUCAUGUGCUGUGAUUGGUUUAAUGUUUAUCAAUCGUGCAUGCCGACAAAGAACCGGAACCCCUAAAUUUAGGGGUUCUGGUUGACAAUUUCCCCAGAGUCAAUGCCAUUCUAGCCCACGCACAGGCAUUGCUAUGGGUAUGAGAUUGGUUAAGGCCCUGCACAAAUAUAUUUGACAUAUUAUACAAAUAUAUUUGAUUAUAUAUUUGGAAAUUGAAAAAUAUGUUAUGCAGUGCAUAUACAUGUUAAUGCAAUUAGCUAUAUGUGUGCUUGGGAGCUUGGGGAACUAUUUUGGUUCUCUGGUAGGAAAAACAAAAUGACUCAUUUUGUUUUUAAUGGAAAAUACAUUUUGAAAAGAAUGAACCAUUUAUAGAUUAUAGUAUAUAAAUGGGAGUUAUCAAAAUUACUUUUUAUCUUUAAUAAAUCUUUCCACCGAUAUGACACCUGUUUAGAAUACAAUAAUACAAUACAAUAACAUUUAUUCAUUUUUUUGCCAACCCCGGAAUUUUCAAUUAAUGUGAUCAAAAUACAUAUAUACUGUAAUCAGAAUCCUAGUAUAUGAAUACAGUAAUAUUUGUGGAUAUUUCUAUCUAUAAAAGAUACCAGAAGACACAGUUCUGCCACAGUCACUAACAUUUUGCCCUUUCCUUUAUCUUUCCUUACAAUGAAUAUAUUUUAUCAACGAUGAAGAAGUUGUCUUCUUAAAAUCUUGCUGAGUCAUUUCCACUUUCUCAUUAUUUUUCCCUAAUUAAUAAUUUUGUUCCACACAUUCUUGGCGAAGGGGGAUGGGACCUAAUCAUAAAAAUUUUUUUGGGACAUUAUAUUUUCAUUAUCUUGUUGGUUGACGUACUGUACUGUACCGUUACUUGUUUAGUUUUUGCGUAAAGUUUUCCUAAGUUUCCCCAAUUUUCAGCUAUUAUUAUUUGUCUUGAAGUCUUUUAAUCAGUUUCACUCCAAUAUUUUAGUUUUCUCCUCUGACGACUGGGGGGAGUGAACAACCAUGAUUACAUACUUGUUCAUUCCAUUAAAAUACCAUUAUGUGCAACUGUUUUCGGAUCUGAAACUUGUGUUCACCACUUUUAGAGAAACUGUAUCACAGGCCUUGAAUAAAUCUAAUACUGUAAUGCCACUGCUUAAUUAACAUUAACAUUAACAUUGUUGAUUGUAUGUUAAUGUUGUUUCAAUUGUUUCUUUAAGAAAACUCCCAGCCCAAAGAAGAGUCCACACAAGCAAUAACUGAAGGCCCAUCUGCAACAGCGUCCUCUAUCAGAGUUAGCUCUAUCAACACUCAUCAAGUGUUGCAGCAACAGUCGUCAAUCCUGCCAACUAACACAGCAUCAUUGCCUUCUGGCAGCUCUCCACGAAACCCUGUCAUGAUACCACCACAAUAUGUAGAUGCAUCAUCAUCUAUACCACCUCUUAACAGAAAAACUACAAUUUUUGAUGUUGCUGCUGACUGUGUUACCUACUGCAAAGAACACAACAUCGAUGACCCAGUUGAGAUCCUUCGAUAUGCACAAAACUGUAUUGUGACAGGAAAACCACUAAAUGGGUAUACAGGUGAUGAGGAAACUCUGGACGGUGAGUCAAACUUCAUCCUCAUAAACCGUCAUGAUGUCCUUGCAACUGCUUUAGAAGAAAUAGGCAGCAUUGAAAAUCCUCAGUUAACACUUGAAGUCUCUUUUUACGGAGAAAAUGCUCAAGACGCAGGGGGGCCAAGAAGAGAAUUCUUUCGGUUAUGCCUUCAGCAAAUAAUGGAGAAGUACUUUAACAAUGGACUGAGGGAACACAUCUCUGAAGAUUACAAAACUGUGGGUCUCAUAAUGGCACUAAGCAUUUUGCAAAAUGGCAAUAUACCCAGGUUUCCAGAAGAAUUAUUACAGGAAAUAUUCAUCCGUGAUGUCCCACAAUCCAAGUGUGUGGCUAAUCUCCGCGAAGGGUUCAACAAGCUGGGCUUGCGUGAGAUCGUAAAGAAUUUGCCAAUACUUCUACAUCUCUUUCGACCCUCAAGUACUACUGCCUUAACAAGAAGAAAGUUAAUGCACAUGCUUACACCCAUGUUUUCAGAAGAUGGAUGUAAUGCACGAUCCUUUGAAAACGUAGCCUAUGCAGCAUUUUCCACAUAUACACGAAAGGCAGCUGGUGGAAAAAGAGGGAACGUGACACUUGAGCAUAUAUUACAGUUUGUCUCAGGAACAGACCAAGAACCACUUCUUGGCUUCUGUACAAAACCAAGUAUCGUCUUUCCAUCUUCCACAUCAUCAGGUGCCUGGUCGUUUAUUCCAACCUCCAAUACAUGUGCCAACGUGCUUCACUUACCAUGUCCAUCAAAUCAAAUACCACUACCUACUGAGGAAAAACUCUUCGAAGUAUAUGACAUGGCAUUUUGCAACGCAUACUUUGGGAAACAUUAACUUUGACACUAGUGAUAAAGAACAUUGGUGCACAGGAAUGCAGGACCAAACUCUGGUUGUUAGUACAGUAUUAAGAUAUAUUUAUUUACAUUAAAACAUACUAAUUUCUGAUUUGGAAUUGUGCAUAACAAAACAUUUGUUGUUUCAUUGUUUUUACAGUAAUGUUAUUUUAUUGUAGUCUAAAGCAGAACCAGUAAUUAUUGCAAGGACAUUGCUAUCAGACUAAGAAAGGAUAUCUGUGAGAACUGUUAUGUUUGAUGUGUUAUACAUCUUCUUGUAUCCUGUUAUUGAGUUGUUUCAUAAUAAAACUUGGGCUGUUUGUGAUUUUGCAUGGUUGACAUGGCAUUACAACAAAAUUGAAAGUCAGGCAUAUUGUCAAAUUAGUUAAUACUUCCAGUGAACUCGUGCAGUUCACUGGUUCCUUCAAAUAAGCUGCUUUCGCAGACAUAAGGCUAUGGCCUAUUGAAUUGGAUUUUCAUAUAUUACAUUGUUGACUUAGGGAAGGGGGGUUAGGACGUUUUGACAUUAGUUUGCGCUUGCGCAGUUAGUUUGUUUUUAUGUGAUCAGAGAGAACGUUGUUAGCCAUAUUUCAUACUUUUGUAUGUCGCUAAAUUUGAGACUAUCUGUUACCGUUUUAAAUAAUUAUUGAAGAAUUAUACAUCAAUCUAUUGAAGUUUUAUUAUUCGGUGAGCAGGGUUAGCGAGAUUCGAUUUACCUAUUACAUCAUUAACCCAUUGAGUGGC